AUUUAUAAGAGAAUUUCAUGGAGAACCUUAAAAAGAUUGAUCCAUUUGCUCCUGAUUUAAAAGAUUUCGCACCCAAACCUGUUUUACCUGUACCCUCCAGUUUUAAACCUAAUAUUAAUUCACCCUAUUUUAUUGAGAGUUCAUUAACUUCCAGAGAAGCCUGUUUACGUGUUUUGGCAAGUGAAAAUGGUGGAUCCGUGUUAGAUAUUAACUCGGAACUUACAGACGCCAGUUUGGAAUUUGAGAUGGAAUCUGCUUCGAAUACUAAUUUUAAUGUUGAGCAUUCGACAAAUUUGAGCCUAAAGGAUAGGGAUUUAAAUGAUUGCUCAAUGUCGACUUUAAAUUUGAAAGAGAUAGCAGAUAAUUCCUUAAAUUACAUUAAAACUAGGUAUCGAAUAAACAACUUUUAUACAGACCAAGACGAUAACAAUAUCGAUUUUAAAGAUUCGAUUUAUUCGAUUUUUACAAAUUUAACGUUCAAAAUAUAUGACGGUGAAGUAUUGUUAUAUCCUUGGAAGAAAACGAGGAAGUCAUCACCUAUCUUCAAGAAUAAUUGUGAAGCUAACCAUUUAAAUAUACAAUUAACAAUGCAAAAGCGGAGAUGCGUCGGAUGCGGAUCAGACAUAUCCAAAGCAACUUUUACCGGUUUAAGAUUUUGCUACUAUUUCGGAAAAUAUUUUUGUUUAUGUUGCCACGACAACUCAAAAUGCUUCAUUCCAGCUAAAAUAUUAAGAAAAUGGGAUUUACAAGCAUAUCCAGUUUCAAAUAUUGCUAAAAAUUUAAUACUACAUGAAUGUAAUAAUAUUGAACAGUGGUCUUUAAACCUUCAUGACUGGAAUCCAGUAUUAUUCGAUAAAGUACGUGUUUUAAACGAAAUUCGAGGGUUACGAUAUUACUUUUUGAUCAUUUAUUCAUAUAUUACGGAAAAUUGUUUAAAGAAUCCAAGUUUGGCAAGAGAAAUUGAAAAAUUACCUCUGCAUUGGUUGAAUUCUCGUGAUGAUUAUACAGUAUUUGAUUUAGUUCAAAUUGGAAAAGGAAAUUUUCUGUUUACUCUAUCGAGAAUUGUUAAAAUUUGUAAAUCCCACAUUGGAAAAUGUAAAUUAUGCAAAGCUAAGGGAGCCUACUGUGAAUUAUGUAAGAGUAACGAUAUCUUAUUCCCUUUUGAUGCGUAUAAAGUUUGCCGUUGUAUAAAUUGUAAAUCAAUUUUUCAUCAAAAUUGUUUAAAAAAUGAUUCUACGUGUCCAAUUUGUCUGGAGAAUGAAGAAAAUGUUUGA